GUAUUGAGGCCGAGUACUCUGGUCCUGAAGAUCUGGUCUGCCUGGGGAGCUGAGGCCGAGAACGUGACGUUCCUGGUUAAGAGGGUCCGGUACAAGGAGAACAAGGAGAGCAAGGAGAUCAACCAACAAAAACAGGCCAGAGUCCCGACUUACGAUACGAUCUUUGGUGAUGUUAGGAGCCUGGUCAGGUCCCCGAAGGACCUCGAGAAUGAUAUCCAGGGAAUCCUGGCCUCGAUCAUUCACCAGGGGGAGGCCGUCAAACAACAUCUCAUGCAGAUACAGACUGGAGAGGAACAUAGCAAACUGGAAAAACUUCUCAACGAUAUUAGAAUACUGUCGGAGACACGUCUUCCGUCUCCAAAGCCUCCGAUAGCGGAGAACCCUGAAACCUCGAAUGACAGUGGAGUCGGAGGAGAGGACGUCCUCGACCUGGAGGUGAAGGUUGGACGGAGAACUGGAGGACGAAUAGACACUCCUGAGAUCUGCAGUUUAGACUCCUCACUGGAGUAUCCCUUGAACCCUAUAACAGGAGAGAUGAAGGUAUCUCCGUAUUCCAACUCAACCCUUGAGAUACCAGGACGGGGAGUAUCAACCCAAAGUAUCAUUAAUCACAACCAGGACGUAAAAAUCAAUGCAGGAUUUAUUAAUGAUCGACAGAACCCUGGUUCCUCCUUCUCCGGGUCUACUCAACCACUGCCCGGGGAUCUGGAUAAGGAUCAACGGAACCUAUCCAAUCAGCGCCAGGCUUUAAAGUCUCAAUUCCAGGAUUUACCGAUAAACAAUAAUUCAUCCCAAACCUACCAACCUCCAGUUUUACUAAACAAACCAAAUAAUCGGCCGGAAGUUCCGAUCAAACGCUUGCCGGCCAUCCCUGCCAAACCCGAAGGUACCAGCAAGGGUAGAAUAUUGCCUGCUCUGCCGACCAAACCAAGUUCUCUUGUAAAAUCUGUAAACGAGAGUGAACAAUUCAGAUCUGAUCUGGGCACUAGAAUGCUAGAUACGAAGAUACCUAGUGUUGGGACGGAUAAUAGGAAGGUUAAUGAUCUAACUAAUUGUUCUAAAUAUCCUCGUGUCACCACAGGACAACAGAAUAUCCCGGAGCAAGCCAAGGACAAGGAUUCGACACGGGAAAUCCUGGGACUAAACAAGGACCCGAAGAAUGCCAAAAGACCAAUCACAAAUAUUUUGGAUGCCCAAGCUCCGAAAAUGUCAGCUAAGAAUGUUCAAGGUUUAACUGAUAUUAACUUUAAAAAAGAAGGGUUUGAGGGGGAGAACAUAAACAUAAGCAACGAGGGUCUAGAUGGUCUAGACGAGGACCAGGAUGAGGUUGAGGAUGACCAUGUUCUCCUGGUCCCUCCGCCCACUGAUCCUGAUUUCUACUCCUGGAUUGAGAUGUAUGAGAAGCUGCAUAGGUUGAACUGUAUCCUGGAGAGUAAGGAGGAGCAGAUGAUCUCCUUGUCCUACCAUUGUGCCUCCCUGCAACCCAACCAGGACCCGGAGCAGGGUUAUAAAACUCCGCCUCCCUGCUUUAAUACAGACGUUGUCAAGUAUAGAGAAAUUAACGCAAGAUUGAUGCAGGAGAUCAGUGAGAACGGUUCAACCCUCUCCCGUCUCAAGGUGUGGGGGGAGCACAAGAGAAAACUUGUCUCACAACUAGAGUUCGACGUCAACAUCGUGGAGAGGGAGGGGAAGCGUCUUGAAUCCGACCUCAAUAUUGUGAAAUCCCUCAAGAUCUGCGAGGGUGGGGAGGGAGGAGAGGGAGGGGAAUCUAAAGAGACUAAAACAAUUAAAAGUGUGAGGUUCAGUGACUCCGACUCCUCCCUAGACCCGGAGCAGAGAGCUCGGACUAGUCCUAGAACUAUUAACUCCGUACCUAAAUCAAUACUAAAGAGUGAGACUAGUGACGACUGUAGUUCAGAUACAGGACUCUCGUCCCUAUCCGUUAGUUCCGAGGAAGGAACAUAUUCACUGACAACCCUGGUCUAAGGGGGACGCACCAACAUAAAAGCGGGAUCAACUAAUUCAUAAAUUUCGAAUCAGAAUUUCGUUAUUUUUAUAUUAUCCAACAUGUAAAUCAUCUUUGGAAGAUUUGAGCUCUGCAGACAGGAUUGUA